AUAAGAAGAACUUUAUUAAUCCCUGAAGGGAAAUUCGAUCGUCUGUUGUCUCACGUAAUGUGUCUUAAAUUUAAAUGUCUUAAAGAGAAUUCGCCCCUGAAAAUAAUAAUAAUAAUUUAUUUUAUUUGUAAAGGGCUUUUCAUGAUACUCAAAGACACUUCACAUAAAGCACACGGUUAGAAUAUGGCAAUAAGAUAAAAUAAAUAAAUAUAGAUAAGUAAAAUAGUCACGUGUUAACAGCAGUUUUAAAAAGGUGGUUUUUUCAGUCGGGAUUUGAAGGAGAGACAGUCGGUGCAGGAUCUGGUCUGGACGGGGAGAGAGUUCCAGAGGGAGGGUGCGGCAAUGGAGAAGGCCCUGUCCCCCCAGGUUCGAUGAGUCGUUCGGAGGGGCGGGGACAGGAGGUUGGCGUCGGAGGAGCGGAGGUUGUAGGAGGGGGUCUGAUUGUGAAGAGCUUUAUGGGUGAGGAGAAGGAUGAAGGUGUUUAACAGGGAGCCAGUGGAGGUUUUGGAGGACAGGGGUGAUGUGGUCUCUGGAGCGGGUGUGGGUGAGCGGGCGGCAGAGUUUCGGAUGGUCUGGAGUUUUUUGAUGAGUUUGGAACGAUGAGUUUUAGAAACUCUGACCAGAGUGGAGAUUUGGAAAACUCUGUUUGCAUGUAAACGGAGAAUCGCAGAGAUUUGGGUCGCUGGCUAACGUGGGCUUGAGCUUCUUGCUACACUGCCACCUACAGGUUUGGCUCUUGACCGCAUAUCUACAAAGGUUUGUGUAAAUGAAAACUUUUCUGAAAACCUGGUGGUUUUUUUUGUGGAGGGGUGAAAUGUCUGUUUAUGAAAACAGGCGGGCAGGAGUAAACAGAGUCUUGAAGAGUUCGAUCAGCUCCAUCCACGGGACUCCAGCUUCAUCCUUUAAUUGAUCUGGUUGUGAUUUAAAGUCUCCUGUUUUCUCUGCAGACCAUCAACGUGGUCUCCUGGUCUCCAUGUGGGACGUUCCUGGCAGCGGGAAGUGUGGGGGGUUCCCUGACCGUGUGGAACGUCGACAGUAAACUCUGCGUGGAACGGUAAAACCUGUCGCCUCUCUGAAAGUCUGUGAAAGUUAACAUCUGUUAUAAUCCAUGCUGCUGCUCUAAUGGGAAUCCUUUUGGCGAGUUUAUGCACUGAAGCUGAAACUUUAUCCCCAUAUUGAUUAGAGGUGGGUGGGAUUCAUCGAUGUGUCGAUUCUUCAUGAUUCGGCAUCAAUUAAUCAAGAUCGAUGCUUAAAAUUAAUCAGUAAUAACGUCGAUGUUUUGCCACAAGGCUGGAACAAAAAAAACACGUAACCGGAACCUUAACACAUGCACGCCGCCUGGACUGUUUAGUGACCACGACAAACAGAUGGGGUUCCUACACGAGUACGGAAAAGAAUGGAAGUAGUUUGAUCAAUUUCCAGGUCUUAAAAAUUAUAGUAAAUAUAAAAAUCUCUGUUUCUAGACUUUUAACGCGGUUCUAAAAUAGUGUUUUCUAAAAAUAGAAAAGCAGGUUUUUCCAAAAAUAAUCCUAAAAAGUAGGGUUUGGAAAUUCCAUCUGUGUCGGAAACCUGACCAGCUUCAGCAGCCUCCAAAGAGCGAGCGGCGGUUGAUUCUCUCGCCACCGGGGUCGACUGUGACCGUGUGGAAGUACUUUGGGUUUUAUGAGAGAGAGCGAAAGAGACGACUGACGAGACCGACGUGAUUUAAAGUAAAGAACUUCAACAACAACACCACAAACGUCACAUUAAGAAUAAAUAACCUGAAAGAGUUUACGAAUACAAAUCAUUAAUUGACCACAAAUGAAACUGGAAGCCUCACAUUGAUCUGGUAAAGAGGAAAAUGUCAAAAACUUUUGCCAUACUACAUAGAUCCAAGAAAAUCCUGAAUAAGAACUCACAAUAUUUACUGUACUGUUCCCUUAUAAUCCCAUAUAUGACAAACUGUAUAGGGAUUUGGAGAAAUACCUAUAAAAGAAAUGUCAAUCCUAUAUUUAUCCUACAAAAAAGAGCUAUAAGAAUAAUCAUGGCAGCAGAGUAUCGUGAGCCAACAAACGAUUUAUUCAUCAAACUUCAUACUCUUCAAUUCUUUGAUCUAGUUAGGGAGAGGAGAUAAGGUGUGCAGAGACAGUCGCUUCUUUUAAGUCAAUUUUAAAAACUCACUUUUACAGACUUGCCUUUAUGUGAUGCCAUCUUUCAUCUUUUAUCGUCUUUUACCUUUUUUCUUUUUCUCCUUUUUUCUUUUACCUCUCUUACCUCUUUCUUAUUUAGACUUACUGCCUUUUUAGCCUUUGUUUUACUUAUAAUCUUUUCUUAUUCUAUCUCUCUGGUCCUUCAUUGAUUUUAAUGUUUUUUAUUUUCCUUUAUUUUAUUAUAUAUAUAUAUAUAUUUUUUUUUUAAUUCCACUUUAUCAUUUAUAUUACCAUCAUUAUUAUUUUAUUAUUAUUGUUAACAUCCUCUUUUAUACUUACUAGCCUGUUCCCUGCCCUCCUUUUCUAUUAAUUUUAUGUUUUUAUUUUGGUCCUCAUGGUCCCAUUUAUUUUGUAGGGUUCUUGUAUUGCCUGGGUUUCUUACGAAAAGUGAAACAGGCCUACAAUUCAGAGGCCUGUUUUUAACUGAGCUUUUGUUUUUAUGUGUUUUUAUUUUCAUGUGCUGAUGUUCUGUGCUUGCAACUGUUGUCUAAGCACUUUGUAAACUUCUGUUUUUAAAGGUGCUAUAUAAAUAAAAUUAUUAUUAUUAUUAUUAUUAUUAUUAUUAUUAUUAUUAUUAUUAUUAUUAGUUCAUCUCCAAACCUUAUUGAUUUUGUACAAAGCACAUAACAAUCUGCUGCCAUACAGUCUCCAGAAGCUGUUUGUAAUCAAAGAUACCAAAUAUGAACUUAGAAGUACAGGUAUGUUUACAAAAACACUAGUUAGGACUAAUACAAAACAACAUUGUGUAUCUGUAAAAGGUGUAAGUCUGUGGACAUGUUGUGAUAAGGAAUCGAGGAAGUGCAGUUCAAUCUACAUGUUUAACAAAGCGUUCAAAAACAUGAUGAUUAUAAAGUACAAGGAAGCUGAAGAAUCACUUUAGACCCACCUGAAAAUCUUUAGAGGGCGUCUGUUUCCCCUAUUUUGUUCUUGUUCAUUAUGUAUUUCUUUAAAUUUUUCUCUGUAUAGAAGAAAAUAAAAUAUGUAUAAAAAUGUCAUGAAAACUCUGUAUGUGGAAGGAGUAGGCGCAAUAAGCUGAUAGCUUCAGCCUACACCCUUUUUGGUCAAACCAAGUAAUUAACAGUAUUUAUUAUUUCUAACUCCCAUGUAAUAUAACUGUUUACAUGAACGGAUGACCAAAAUAAACUAAACUAAACGUGAGGCAGCACCUGAGACACUUACUGAGUUUGAAUAUGUCCGGAUGAUUCCCGCCGUCCCGUGGAGGAGAAUCGCUUUGUCCGAUGGUUUCUAGAGGAAGUGAUAACUACGUCCUGUGUGUGACGAGGUUAUUCAGUGUAACAAAUGUUGUACUGUGAACUGCAUCACUGUCAACAUGAAAACACAGUUAUUUUAAUCACAGGUGUCGGUUUAGAGCAGGGGUCAGCAACCCGCGGCUCUGGAGCCGCAUGCGGCUCUUUCUUCCCUAAGCUGCGGCUCCCAAUGGAUUUGGAAAAUAAAUAAUAAAUACUUAAUUGCAUUUUAUUUUAUUUUAUUAUUAUUAUUAUUAUUAUUAUUUGUAAUUCUAAAUUCAAAGAUUAUAAUGCUCUUGUAACAUUAAAUAAACUAUUAAGGCUGCAACAACGAAUCGAUUAAGUAGAUUCAUCGUGACGAAAAAAUCCGUUGCCAACAAAUUCUGUAAUCGAUUCGUCGGGUCUUUAUAUAUGUCCAUGGACACCGGCGUGUAAACAUCAGCAGGACGCACAGAAAAGAAACAGCCAUGGCCGAGGCAGCGGCUGAGAAAAACAUGGACACAACCCAACCCAAAUCCCGACCUGAAACAUCAGUGGUGUGGGAAAACUUCACCAAGACUGAAAAGGAAGGCGUUCAGUGCAACAUUUGCAAAGACCGUUUUGCAUGGCUCGGGAGUACAUCGAUGAUGCGUGAGCACAGGGCUCUCAAGUCUCACGCAUUCAGCAUAUGACACACGCAUUCCCACUCGUUCACACGCUCACACACCACACAUUGUAUUUCUCACGCAUUUAAAUGAACACGGUGAUGUCCAACAAGUUGCACUUCUUCAACUAUUGAACUGGGGGAAAUCAACUGAGUUCCUCCGAGAGUUCAGAAGCUGCGUGCCACGCACAAGCCAAUCAAAUAAAGUAUAUCUACUGAACAGCCAAUCAAAAAGCAGCAUUGCUGUAUCCGGGUAGAUUAGGAUAUCUUGCGGUUUAACUACAGAAGAAGACAGACACUCGCCGAAAUAGUUCAUUUAUUUCAUAAAUGCAACUCGCUACAGUUUUUUAUAUACUUUGUAUAAAGGUAAAAAAAAAAGAUAUAUGCAAUGUUAUCUUCAUUUUAGAUGUCAAAGAGGUUUUGUGGCUCCCUGUGUUUUCUUUUCUGUGGGAAACUGGUCCAAGUGGCUCUUUGAGUGUUUAAGGUUGCCGACCCCUGGUCUAGAGUAACUCGACAGAUCUGACGAGUCCUGCGCGGUUCUCAGAGAAUCCCUGCUGGGUUUUAGUUCCUCUUCAAAAAGUCCCAGAACUGUUCGGUCCAAAAACACUUCUUGGUUUGAAGAACUUCACGAUCAGACGAGUGAAGGUGUUUUUUUUCUUCUUCUUCAGGCAGAAACACGAGAAAGGCUUCACCGUGUGCGGUUUGGCGUGGCAUCCAUCAGGAACUCAGAUGGUUUUCACCGACACAGAGGGGUGUCUGAGUCUGCUGGACGGACUCAAGUCCUCUUCGUCAAACUCGGAGUCCGCUCAGGUAACAUCCUGGUUUUCUCUGACGCACCGUCUCUUCUUCCAGACGCCAUUUUUCAUCCUUUUUCCUCCGUGUCAUCGUUUUCAGCCGACAGCAGCAAAGAUGCCGGCGAAGGACUACAACGACCUGUUUGAUGAUGACGAUGAUGACGGCGGGCUCAUGGACGAAGGGCUGAGCGACACUAACUCACCUGUGAAGAAACCGACCACGGGGGAGGAUGACGACGACGAUGACGACGUCCUGAUGCCUUUAACGGGGCGGGUGAGGAACAGAGGGGCGAUCCUGGACGAUGAGAACUCUCAGGGUGAGCGAAACCUUCCUCAGCGCCGCCAUUUCACCAGAGUCAGGCGUGAAUUUACACGCGAUGACCUCUAGGUGUCUCACCGAAGUGUCAUGGAUGUAAACGCAGGGUCGCUGAGGCUCGGUCUGGAUAAAUUCGGGGAUGGCGGCGAUGAUGGCGACGACGCCGGAAGUGCUGUUGGACCUGCGGCGGUCCCAGCGGUGCCCCUGCGUCCCGUCUAUGAGGGACCCAUGCCGACGCCCCCACAGAAGGCCUUUCAGCCGGGCUCCACUCCUGCUCACCUCACACACCGCUUCAUGGUAGGUCGUUCAGACAAAGUCCUUUCAAACACGUUAAAUCGCCGUUUUGUUGUUGCUGAAAAUCGCCAACGUGUUUGUGGUCACGCUCUCUCAGAUGUGGAACUCGGUGGGAAUUGUGCGAGGCUACAACGACGAGCAGGACAACGCCAUCGAUGUGGAGUUCCACGACUCGGCUGUUCACCACGCCAUGCACCUCACCAACUCCCUGGGUCACAUCAUGGCGGAUCUUUCCCAGGAGGCCGUGCUGCUGGCGUGCCCGAGCACAGACGAGCUCGCCAGGUAAAUCAGCUUUUUAUCUGUCUGUGGUUUUUCCUCUCAAACACGUCUCUGACCUCGACGUCGUUCCUUCUCUUCUCAGUAAGCUCCAGUGUCUCCACUUCUCAUCCUGGGACACCAACAAAGAGUGGAUGGUGGACCUGCCGCACGGCGAGGACGCUCGGGCGCUGUGUCUGGGUCAGGGCUGGGCCGCCGUGGCCACGAGCGCGCUGAUGCUCCGCCUCUUCUCCGUCGGAGGAGUACAGAAAGAAGUCUUCAGUCUGCCGGGGGGCGUGGUCUGCAUGAGCGGACAUGGAGAGCAGCUGCUCAUCGUCUACCAUCGAGGUUGGAGAAACACAAACACACAAACAAACACACACACACAAAUACACAAACACACACAAACACAAACACACAUACACAAACACACACACAAACACACAAACACAAACACACAAACAAACACACACACACACUCAUACACAAACGCAAACACACACAAACAUACAAACACACACAAACAUACAAACAUACACACAACACACAAACAUACAUACACACAAACACACAAACACACAAACACACACAAACAAACACACACAAACACACAAACAUACACAAACACACAAACACACACACACAAACACACACAAACAAACAUACACAAACACACACAUACACAAACACACACACACAAACACACACAAACACACACAAACACACAAACAUACACAAACACAAACACACAAACAAACACAAACACACAUACACACACACAAACACACAAAUAUACACAAACACACACACACAAACAAACACACAAACACACACAAACAUACACACACACAAACAUACACAUACACAAACACACACAAACAUACACAAACACACAAACAUACACAAACGCAAACACACACAAACAUACACAAACACGCAAAAACAAACACACAAACAAACACACACAAACACACACACACACACAAAUAUGAACACACACAAACGCAAACACACACAAACACACAAACACACACAAACACACACAAACAUACACAAACACACAAACACACACACAAACACACACAAACACACACACACACAAACAUACACAAACACAAACACACACAAACAUACACAAACACACAAAAACAAACACACAAACACAAACACACACAAACACACACACACACACAAAUAUGAACACACACAAACGCAAACACACACAAACACACAAACACACACAAACACACACAAACAUACACAAACAUACACAAACACACACACACAUACAAACACACACACACAAACACACACACAAACAUACACAAACACACACAAACGCAAACACACAAACACACACACAAACACACACAAACAAACACAAACACACACAAAAGCAAACACAAAAGCAAACACACAAACAAACACACACACACAAAAAAACACACAAAUAUGAACACACACAAACGCAAACACACACAAACACACAAACACAAACAUACACAAACAUACACAAACACACAAACACAAACAAACACACACAAACACAAACACACAAACGUCUGUUCAGUUCAUCUCUUUCUUUCUUUUACCCCGACCUCGCCUUUGUUUUGAGUUUCCAGAUGUCGCUCAGCGUCCUUCUCAGACACACACACACACACAAACACACACAAACAUACACAAACACACAAACGUUCAGUUCAUCUCUUUCUUUUACCCCGACCUCGCCUUUGUUUUGAGUUUCCAGAUGUCGCUCACCGUCUUUCUCAGACACACACACAAACACAAACACAUACAAACACAAACACACACAAACACACAAACGUCUGUUCAGUUCAUCUCUUUCUUUCUUUUACUCCGACCUCGCCUUUGUUUUGAGUUUCCAGAUGUCUCUCAGCGUCUUUCUCAGACACACACACACACACAAACACACAAACACACACAAACAAACACACAAACGUCUGUUCAGUUCAUCUCUUUCUUUCUUUUACCCCGACCUCGCCUUUGUUUUGAGUUUCCAGAUAUCGCUCAGCGUCUUUCUCAGACACACACACAAACACACACAAACACACACACAAACACACACAAACGUCUGUUCAGUUCAUCUCUUUCUUUUACCCCGACCUCGCCUUUUUUUCAGUUUCCAGAUGUCUCUCAGACGUCUUUCUCAGACAUGUUUCAUCGAAGUUCUAAGUCAAAGUGAAGCUUCCUCCUCACGUCUGUCUCUGUCUUCUGUGAUCAGCGACAGGAUUCGACGGAGAACAGGCUCUCGGAGUUCAGCUGCUGCAGUUUGGUCGGAGGAAGAAGCAGCUGAUCCACGGGGAACCCCUCCCUCUGUCCCAGAGAUCCCACCUGUCCUGGCUCGGGUUCACCGCUGAAGGUCAGUCUGUCGUUCUCCUGACCAGGCCUUCGUUAUGACCUGAAAAAAACGAUCAUUACAGAGAAUCGAGCGCGCUGAUGUUUAAGAAGCGGUGCGCUUCGUGGUUGUUUUUCCAGGUACGCCUUGUUAUGUGGAUUCAGAGGGGGUGGUCCGGAUGUUGAACCGCUCUCUUGGGAAUACGUGGACGCCGGUCUGUCACACCAGAGAGACGUGCAAAAGUAAAUCCGAUCAUUACUGGGUGGUUGGAGUUCAUGAGAACCCUCAGCAGCUCCGGUGAGUUUCAGAUUUAUAUCUCUAAAAAAAACAAACUACAAAUUAUUUUUGUUCAAUUAUUUAUUGAUUUUUUUAUUGAUUGUGAAGGAAACAAAGAAUUCAAUGGGGGGGUUUACACACUUUAACCUUUUGUCAUUUACACCCUAUUAGUCACAUUAGCCCCGCCCACCCUCUGACAUUUAAGAACAUAAAUUCACAGUUCAAACACCGAACAGUGCCUGUAACACAAGAAAACAACACAAUAUAACAGAACGAUGAGAUAAUCAAAUGAAAUAAACGUCACGUAAAACAAAGACGAAAAACACAGACGGAUCAGAAAUCUCACAGCUGCUUAUCAGUCCAUGUUAAACAUCUCUAUACAGAAAAACCUACAAAUUUAUUUAUGUAUUUAUUUGUCUUUAAAUGUUCGGGAUCUCAUUUUUACGACAAAAAAAAUAAAACUUUGAGAUUAAAGUCGUUAAUUUACGAGAAUAAAGUCGUAAUAAAAUCUCUAUGAUGUUUAUGAUAACGUGGUGCUGAUGUGCCAAAAGAUGAAGUUUCUCUUUGUUUGAGAAACCUUGAGAUGUAUAUUUUCAUUUCAUCUUAAACAACAGGUUAGAAUUUAAGGACUUUAAAUUGACUUUAUUCUCAUUAGUGAUUACUUUAUUACGACUUUCUUAUUUUCCUCAACAAUUUUUUUAUUAGUUUUAUUCAGAUUAAUAGAGUACAGCUCUUGAAAAAGGUACAAAGGAAACGUUCAUCACAAACACCCCCUUUCCCUGAAGACCCUGUCUACUGCUGGAUAUUCCUGUUACUGGGCUUAGAUAACAAACUGCUGGAAAUCAGGUUUAGAAGAUCGUGAAAUAUAUAAGACGCUGGGAAAUAAAAAGUAAAAAGAAAAUGAGUGAAAUGAACUUUUGUACGUUAAGAGAAAAAUAAAUGUAGACAAGUCACUGAAAACUGAAAAAGUUCAUAAAAGAGAGAAAAGAAUUUAAAGAGUCUGAUUAUAAAACAUCACAGAUAUUUCAGAAAGAAAACUACUAAAGGAAGCACUUCACACAUCUGUAAAACAAGACCGCUGCGUUGGAGAAAAAAGACCAACAUGAAACAAAGAGAUUCCUGCAGACUGUCCAACUGUCAAUCAAUCAUUUAUUUGUGACGUUUCUGUAUCAGACCUUUGCCUGAUGAAGGUCUGAUACAGAAAUAAAUGCAAAUAAAUGAUUGAUUGAAAAAUGGACAGUGUGCAGGAAUCCCUCUGCUACAAAAAGAAAACAACGAGGAGAGGAGAGAAGAAGAGAGAAGAGGAGAAGAGGAGAGAAGAGGAGAGAAGAAAAGAGGAGAGAAGAGGAGAGGAGAGAAGAGGAGAAGAGAGGAGAGAAGAGGAGAGGAGAAGAGGAGAAGAGAGAAGAGGAGAGAGAAGAGGAGAGAAGAGGAGAAGAAGAAGAGAGGAGAGAAGAGGAGAGGAGAGAAGAGGAGAAGAGAAGAGAGGAGAGAAGAGGAGAGAAGAAGAGGAGAGGAGAGAAGAGGAGAAGAGAGAAGAGGAGAGAGAAGAGGAGAGAAGAAGAGAGAAGAGGAGAGAAGAGGAGAAGAGAGGAGAGAAGAGGAGAGAAGAGGAGAAGAGAGGACAGAAGAGAAGAAGAGAGAAGAAGAGAGGAGAGGAGAGGAGAGAAGAGGAGAAGAGAGGAGAGAAGAAGAGAGAAGAGGAGAAGAGAGGAGAGAAGAAGAGAGAAGAGGAGAAGAGAGGAGAGAAGAGGAGAGAAGAGAAGAAGAGAGGAGAGAAGAGGAGAGACGAAGAGAGAUAAGGAGAAAAGAAGAGAGAAGAGGAGAGAAGAAGAGAGGAGAGAAGAGGAGAAGAGAGGAGAGAAGAAGAGAGAAGAGAAGAGGAGAGAAGAGAAGAAGAGAGAAGAGGAGAGAAGAGAAGAAGAGAGAAGAGGAGAGCGCUGAUUUAAAAUGAUGAGAGUCUCUGAACGUGGUCAGGAAAAGGUCCCCGAACCUUUCUGAAUUUUUUCAUCAUUAUCUGCGACCGAGUAACGAAUCUUCACGAAUCUCCCUCCUGUUUUUAUUUGUUUCUCUUUUUUUGUCCGUAAUCCUCUUUUAUACGUUUCUCAUGUGAAACAGAAAUCAUCUAAAUCUUUACGGGGGGGGGGGAGUCUCAGGGAAACAAACAAACCUGAUCAUCAUGACCGACCUAUGACCUAACCUAAAACCAACAUCUGAACGCUCGUCUGACAGUUUUAAAGGUCGUUUCCUUCGCUCGACAUCAACUCUGCUCUCGUCCUGUCAGGUGUAUCCCAUGUAAAGGCUCCAGGUAUCCCCCCACCCUGCCCAGACCUGCUGUGGCCAUCCUGCCCUUCAAGCUGCCGCUGUGUCAGACCAGCACGGAGAAAGGACAGAUGGAGGUAGAGACACCGGAACACCCUGACACCCAGAGUUCUGCGGGAGUUUCUAAAUAAAAAAACAGUCUUUGCAGGUUAAAAAAGAAGAGCUCAGUCUCCACCCACGUCUUCUUCUGUCUCCUCCACAGGAACAGUUCCUGCGCUCGCUCCUCUUCCACAACCACUACAGCUUCCUGUCAUCCAGCGGCUACGAGGUCGACGAGGACGCACAGAGUCAGUCUGAGAAGGAGCGACAGGAGCUGCUCAUGAAGAUGUUUGCAGUGAGAACGAGAGACCGACAGUCAGAAGAUGUUCAGGUCAGUGUGAGAACGUCACUAAACCAGAGUCCGUGUUUCCCCUCAGCUGUCCUGUAAGCUGGAGAGAGAGUUUCGCUGCGUGGAGCUGGCAGAGAUGAUGACUCAGAACGUCGUGACCCUCGCCAUUCGGUACGCGUCCAGGUCCAGGCGUAUCGCCCUCGCCCAGCGGCUCAGUGAAAUCGCUCUGGAGAAAGCAAACCAGAUCCAGGAGGAGGAGGAGGAGGAGGAGCAGCAGUACUCCACACCAACAUCCAGGUAGAGCUUGAAUCGAUCUUCACCUUUUCCACACGCUAGGAUGAUGUCAGGGUGACCGCGGGUCCUUGGAAAGUCUUAAAAAGUCUUAAAAAGUCUUAAAAAGUCUUAAAUUCAGAUCAGAUAGGUUGUCAGAUCAUGACCUGGAUCAGCAGAGUUCACUGUGAAUUGAUUAUCUGCUGAAGCUCCUGGUUUGAUCCUCUGGUCCGGUUUCUGGACAGGUAUGGACAGAGUGAGUCCUCUGGAGGACGGUACAGCAGCAGAUCCAACCAGGAGCAGGAAGAGGAGCUCAGGGAGGAAGAGGAGGGACAGGAGCUGGAGAGCGAAGAGUCGACAGAGACCAGAGGACGUCAGUUCACCUUUUCUGUUUCAGUCAAAUAUCAUCCUUAUUCUCAAACAGGAGUGAGGUUUAAUAAAAUGUCUCUGAUGGUUAUAAAUAAUUUCAGGUUUAUAUUUUGAUCCAAUCGUAGAGCAAAGAUGAUCGAGACAACAAAAGACUGAAAAACUGUAAAAAUAAUAAAUAAUAAAUACAGUUUCAGAGGAGUAACAUCGCACAAAUUAAACAGCUGGUGAAGGAGUCUGCGGAGCUGCCGUCAGAUUUAAAAAGAUUUUAGAAAAAACAGUUUGAAGCCUUAAAAUCCUGUUUUUGGAUUUUCCACCAUAACAUGUAGAGUUUAAAUCGAUCAAUCAAUCAAUCAAUCAAUCAGUUUUUAUUUAUAGAGCACUUUUCAUACACGACCAUGUAGCACAAAGUGUUUUAGACAGAAAAAGGAAUAAAAGAAACAAAGAAAACCCAAAUCUACCCCAAUCUAACCCUAAGGAAACACUGGAGCUUUUAGAUUAAAAUCUAAAAAUAAAGAAACAUAAAAUGAAAUUUAAGAAAUAAUAAAUAAAAUGAAAUAAAAACAGUAAAAGAAACUAAAAUAAGAGAAUCAAAAGAGCUCAAUAAAAGACGAUCCUGUCAUUAAAACUAGAAAGAGAUAAAAGUUAAAUCACUUAAAGUUAAUGAUGUAAAAUUUAGUUAAAAUUAAACAGGUUUGUUUUGAGCGGAGGACUCUUCCUGUCUCAUAAGGUAACAGCAGAAAGCCAUGAAGAGCUUUAAAAACCAAUAAAACAACUUUAAAAUCCACCGUAUUUUUCACACUGUAAGGCGAAUUUAAAAUCCUUUAAUUUUCUCUAAAAUCCUCAGUCCUCAUGUCUGAAUUCUGGUCGUGCUGACUGACCUCAAACUGAUUUUAUUUGGCACACAGCGCUCAACAAUCUGUCAAAAUGUUUCAUUACGACUUCGGUACAAAGACGCACAGCCUGAUGGUUUGUCGGAGCGCCGCAGCUGCCGUAGCCUCGCCGAGUUAUUGAAGGAGUUUAAUAAAGUUUGACUUAUCUGACUGUUUUGUUUGUCUUAAUGCGCUUUAUAAUCCGGUGAAAAAUACGGUAUUCAUAAAGAGACAGAUGGCCAAUCCAGAGACCUUAAAAUCCCAAAUGAAGUCUGUUUCUGCUGCAUCAGAUCCUCACGCAGCGUCCCCAAUCUUGUGGUUUUGGGUUAAAAUAAGAUUUGAUGAACAUGUCUGAGGUGUUUUAUCGUGUCUUACUCUGAAGGUGUGAACCCGUUCGCUAAGGAAGCCGGAUCACCUGUGAAGCCCUCUCUGACACCAAGUGAGUAACAGUCCGAACAUCUGACCUCCUGCUGCUCUGAUCAUUCAUUCAAACUCCUGAUGUUUCUGUUUUCACAGUCGCCAAGCUGGGACGGUCUAAUCCUUUCAAGGUAAGAACUCUUUUAAAACGGAGUAUAACUCAAACAGAAGAUGGAACGAUGAAUAAAGACGCUGAUCAAUGUGGUGAUGGGUUUCACACACACACACACACAGGUGCAGGGCUCAGGGAAACCCUCGUCUUCUCCCGGUCAGCCUCGGGUCACAAAUAUCCUCGACAGUAUGACAGCCAGCAAGAAGUCUGCUUCGCUCGGCGGCCCUGCGGGGAAACAAGGCAAAGGCCCCGUCCUCAAACCGCUGGCCCCCAGACCCAAAACUCAAAAGGUACCAUCGCUGAGUCCGAACGGUCCUGAAUGAUCGUAACGCCUCCACAUCAUCAGGUCACCACAGAGCUGAUACCUUCUCUGUUUCUCUCCAGACUCAGUCCACUCUGCAGAUGACAAAACCAGCCGGUAAGAGGACCCAGGAGAACACAGAACCGCCUGCAGAUCGGCAGAAACAACCAGAAGCCCCGCCUCCUGCCUCACCUGCAGAGAACACAGAAAAUCAGAGGUAACAGACCGAACUGAACCCUUUAAAGUGACCGUGAAAGAACGGUGAGGUGAUGAGCUGAUGAGCUUUUGUUGUGGACCGUGUUUGUACAGACCGAAGACGGGCUUCCAGCUGUGGUUAGAGGAGAACAGGAAGAGCAUCAUCGCCGACCAGCCGGACCUGGAGGAGACGGACGUUAUCAAGGAGGCGAUGGGACGCUUCAGGACGCUGUCGGCGGAGGAGAGACUGGUACGACACACUGAGGGGAGGGAGGGAGACGAUAAAGACGAGGUCUUUAAAAAUGUGUCUUUAAGGCGAGUUUAUCAGUAAAACAUCAUUCAUACAAACGGGAAUUCAGAGGGCUGAGCAGACGCAAGGAAAUACAUAAAUAGGAGAUUAAAACAAUUUAAAAUCAAUACAGUCCAACUUCAGAUCUCUGUGAUCCAACAUGUCGGAUAUUUAAAGCAUCAGAUUGACUAAAAGCUUGAAAUCCUGAAGAGUUAGCGUGCAGCAAUGAUGAAAAAACAGAAAUCAUGUUUCUGAAAACAGAGUAACUGUCGAUCGCUCUGAGUUACCCGGCUACAUGUUACACCUGUUUAAGAAAGAGGAUUACAGGGACACAAAAGGGAGAGAAAUAAUUACAGGGGGGAGAUUUUUACAUUUCCGUUUCAAGAUUAAAGUCAAAAUUUUAAAAAAUCAAAAUGUCAACUUUAUUCACAUUUAAUCUCGAAAUUUUAAUCUUUAAAUUUUGACUUAAUUGACAUAUUUUAAUUUUUUAAACUCCUAAUUUCAACAUUAUUCAGGACAUUUCAUAAUCUCAAAGUUACUGUUUAUCUCAAAAUUAAGAUUUGAUCUCCAAAUUUUGUUUUUCUUAUCUUAAAUUUUCAACAUUAUUCAUGACAUUGUGUAAUCUCAAAAUUUUAAUUUUUUAACCUUGAAAUUUCAACAUGAUUCACGACAUUUUGUAAUCUUGAAAUUUUCAUUUUUUUAAUCUUUAAUUUUUGACUUUAUUGACAUAUUUAAAUUUUUUAAACUCUAAAUUUCAACAUUAUUCAGGACAUUUCAUAAUCUCGAAAUUUCGACUUUAAUCUAAAGUUUUAAUUUUUUAAUCUCGAAUUUUUAACAUUAUUCAACAUUAUUAACAGAUUACGACAUUUCUUAAUCUGGAAACUUUAUCUCCAAUCUUGAAAUUUUCAUUUUUAAUCUCGAAAUUUUGACUUUAAUCUCUUUCCUGUCAUAAUGUAUUUUCUCUUGGUGUGGCCCUAAUCCUCUUCCGUACACGCUAACGUUUGUUUUAUCGGAAAUAACCCCGACCUUUGGCUGCAGCUCUGACGGAUGAACAGACAGAACGAUUCGCUCAUUGACUUUCAUGAAACAGCAUCUAUGUGAUAAUAUCCUCGAUCUGCCGUCUCACCGUCUAUACUGUAGAGAAUCCAGACCAGGUUUCUGUAGACCUGCAGCUGUGGUCGGUCGAUGGUUCGUAAUGAGGGCCGCUGUGUCACUAAUAAGAGACCUCAUCCUUUGAUCCACCUGACGGCGAACAGACAUCAAUGCGUGAGCCGGUAUAGAAACCAGGUCCUGACCCCGCAUUCAUCAAGACUCUCAGCUGAGAGCGCCAUGACACUCGGCUGAGACAAAAGAGGAAGUGGACGUGGGGGAGGGGAGGGGAGAGAGAGGGGCGCCUGUUGCUUGGGAACCCUGUGGAGUGUGUUUUAUCAGCGAGGGCACAAAGCAUUGAUCUUAUGAUAAUGCUGUUAGGACGGCUCUGGUGUCGUUUUAAUGACUUCAUCUGUGAUCUUUACGGAGUCUGAAACCAAAAUCAUCGAACAACAGAUUUUACUUCAUCUCGACCAAAACCACCAGCUGAGAACUUCAGUGUCUGCACCUGAGGCGUGUGGCGUUACCGCUUAGUUAAACCUGCGCUCUGUGCUAUUUUAUUUUGAAAGGGUUUCGAGAAUUCUGACUUGAACCUGCAGCAGACUUUCAGUUGCUCCUAAAGUCAGUGUAAGGAUGGAGAUCCUGUCCUUGAAGUGGAGCCUCUCCUUCACGUCUAACCCCAAAUUUUCACCACGUCCGGAACGGCGCCGUUUUUAGCUGUCCGCCAAUUCCUCUCGGACCUGUUUGUGAGGCGAAUUUUGUGGUGAAUUAUGGACAGCAGGAAUCGUGAGAACUCACAAGAACCCGCGGAUUCACGUUCAAUCGUGCGAUAACGAGUUGUCUCUCUAAAGACAGACACAUAGACAUAUAAGCAGUAGAUUGUGUCCUUCCAGAGGAGGAAAUCUACUUCUAGACUUCUAGAAUCAGCAUCUCCUCAUCCAUGGUGUCAUCGGGGUGAAAUGACGUCUAAAAACCUUUCACUUGUUCGUCUCCGAGUGUUUUAUUUUGAAAAGAAGCCGGAUGUUUUAUUUUGUGUCUGUGCCCGACUUCCUUUCCAGCACGGGUUAAUCUGUGCUGAAUUUAUCCGCCAUGCUCCGGCGUCCAGAAAAAAUAGAACUCUUGUGAUCAGCUGAGGAGUCCGGCGAUCCGCAGAGGAACGGAAAGAAGUCGGUGUAAAUUGACACGUUAACUUGAAUGGUUACGAUCAGCUACGAUCGGAGGAUACGACCUUUUAGGAGACGAUCAGGAUGAAGGGGGAGAUUGGAGGUGACUGGAAGACACCUCUAGAGGGCGCACUACAGAGCUCAGGCUGUGUGAAACGACCUGCUGGAUCGAGGAGAUGUGAAGGAGAAUCUAACUGGUUCUGCAGAGGUUACUGGUCUGAGGACUGAGAGUCUCCUCAGGGACAGAUGACCAUCAGCGUCAGCUCAGUACGGGUCGUCCAACUUUUCCCAUCAUGCUCGGCUCUGUCACGGUCCACUUCUUGUUUCCACCAAUGAAACCGUCUUCUCUGCUGUCAUUGUGACGGUGUGUCUGCUCUCGCUGGGCUGAGUCCACAUCCUACAAACCGAGAUAAUUACAGACUUGGUGCAUCAACUUGUCUGUCCUCUCGGAGUCUCUGCCUUUGUUUACCCGCCCCUCCUCCGCCUCCAGCGCACGCCGCGCUUCAUGUCUGCAUUGAUAUUGUUUGAGGGCGUGCACAGCCGACGCUUUAGUCUGAUUCUGGGGGUUUGUGUCCGUGUGGUUAACCUCCAUCCUGACUGUAAAGCCUCCUCUACCUCUCAUGAAAGGACUCUUACUCUACCCUGUGAAAGCAAAUGUCACAGAGAUACGGUGAAGGGAAGUCAUCCCACUGCUGAGGUGUCUUCUGAGGUCGAACCGACGAGUACAUCACAGAAGAAGAAUUUAUUUCUGACAAACAGGAGAGAAAUGAAACGCAGGACCAAAGAGUCUGCAGGUAAAGAUUUCAGAGUGGAUUAUUAACGCUUUACUCUGACGGUGCAGUCCAGUUAUUUUUAAAGAAUAUUUCAGCUGUGAGGAGGACGUUAAAAAAACAGGAAACUAUCCCAGUAACCUCGGCGACGUCUGACCUGAAGGUUCUGCGUCGCUCUUAUUCGUCCAAAUUCAAUCGAAUGGCGGUCAGACGUCACCGCUCGUCCUGUCGACCAGCUCCGUGCUGGUGGUGCUCACGCCGGUGUGUGUGUGUGUGUGUGUUAAUGAGGUUAAUGGCAGUGCUUCUAUGAACACUGGAGGUGAAUUGGUGUUUGUGCGCCUGUGAUGCUGCCAGUCCACUCCAUCAGCGGGCUGCGAUGAUUCAUCGUGGCUCCAUUACGUCCAGGAAAGCGCUUCCUUUUGUCUCGACUGGAGAGGGAAAAAAAAAACAAAAGCAUGAGGAGAAAAAGAGGCCGAAGAGACGCAGCCUGUCAAUAGUGAUUAUACAUGACAGGAUGCAAUUUCAAAGUGCACGCCUGUGUGUGUGUGUGUGUGUGCGUGCCUGUGUGUGUGUUUAGUCAUCAGCAUGUAGGUGUCUGCAGCCUGAAUGGAAACAUGAGCACAAUACCAUUUUGUUUUUGUCCCUUUUCAGUAAAUAACACGUGCUUUUUCAUGUCCUUUUAAUUUUCUCUCCUUCAGUCGUGGACAGAAAGAGCAAAAGGCCAAAGAGGAGACGCAGCAGAUCUGAAGAAGAGGAAGAGAGCGGAGGGAGGAGGAGGAGGAGGAGGAGCAGGAGGAGAAGGAGGAGGGGAGAAUGAAAAUGGACACGCAGAAGCAGAUGAAAACAGUGCUAAGAAGAAAAAAGCUUUAGAUCCUUCCUCCAAGCUCUCGGCGUUUGCUUUUAACAAAAACUGAAGAUUCUUUAGGUGGAAAACUACUGAAACCUAAACUGUUGUCAUUUUAGGCACUUAAUCUGAUCAUUUAUCCGCGUUUUUACAUUCUCAACCUCGACCUCUUAAAAACCUUUAAAUAUAUUAAAACAAUUUCAAUAAAUGUCUUUUUUUUGUUGACUGUAU